AUGGGUAUUCUCACCAGCAAUACGCAACUCCGGAUAACAAAUUCGACAGUUCGACUAUUAAAUCGAGUAACUGGUGGAAGUUACGCUCAUUCUGGAAAUAGUAUCAGCGAUAUGGGCGACAGCAUCGAUAGAAGGCGGUGUUGCCUACCUAUCUACCAUCGAUCGGUUAAUGGUCUUUCUAAUCCAAUGAAAGAUGCAUGGCCCUGGAAACGUAGAUUUUGGGUAUUGCUUUAUCUAUCAGCUCUUGGCAGUAUCGCCGCGUUGCUAUGGCUUAUGCUACUUAUGACUCUCCCCCGUCGCCACCUGCCUCGUAUGCCAUCGAGCGGAAUAAAUUAUGUGGUUGAGCAGUGGAAAGAUCCCAGCGAUUCAUCUUUUCUCCUUGCACCUUGGAGGCCAGAUUUCACAAAGGAUAUUGUACCGCUGUCAUGCCAUUCUCACAAUGACUACUGGAGAUCCGUUCCUCUUUUCGAAGCUGUCGCUGCAGGUUGUACAGGAGUAGAAGCAGACAUAUGGCUGAACAACAAAGCUGGUAGCGAUGGCUUGUUAGUUGGCCAUUCUUUGAAAUCGCUCAAAGAUGAUCGCACACUCCAGAAGUUAUACGUCAUGCCCCUCCUCAAAAUCCUUGAGAAUCAAAACAAUAAUUCCACAGAGUCAGACGGAGGUUCCAGCAAUCCUAACGGCAUGUUCCAGUCGAGUCCCAAUACCACCUUGACUUUAGUCUUAGAUUUCAAGUCCAAUGGGUCAGAACUAUGGUCUUUAGUGAACCAGGAACUUGAAGCUCUUCGUUCCAACGGCUGGCUCACCAAUUGGAGUAACUCGACUGACAAAAUCAACUGGCGCCCAAUAAUUGUCGUCGCUACAGGGAAUGCCCCGUUUGAUCUUUUGAUCUCGAACACUACCUAUCGCGAUAUAUUCUAUGAUGCCCCUCUCAAGGAUAUUGCCAACUCUAAAUACAAUCAAUCGAAUUCGUAUUAUGCAAGCGUUUCCAUGAGUACUUUGGGGAAAAUCUGGCUUUGGAGAUUCAGCUCAUCGCAACUGAACCACAUCAAGACUCAAGUCGCUUUGGCAAACGCAAAUGGUCUCAAAGCUAGGUACUGGGACACGCCAGCUCUGCCAGUAAUUUUCAGGGAAUACAUCUGGGGAAUUUUGGUGGAAAAUGGAGUUGGAAUGCUAAAUGUUGAUUCACUAGAUUUGAUCAAAAUAGACUUGCAUGGUAGAUUUCUUGCAGAUUUGAGCAAAAGACCAUCUUUCGAAUUGCCUUCCUUGGCUGGACUUAGGAUACUUUGGGUCGCUGGAUAUUUCACCCUCGAGAUAUGCCGAUACGAGCGUCGACAAGUAUGCUAUGAGCAACAAGCAUGUUUUUGUGUUGCCUUGAGGAAUUUGAUCCAUUUUUGGAGCCAAAUACAAGACAUUCUGCAAGAUGUCGAGGACGAUGACGCAUUUCCACAAGGACGGAAUGAGGUUAAGCUUAACCCAUCAGAGAUUCCCAAGAAGCAUUGUAACGUCGAUCUUGAAUUGAACGAUGGAAAAGAUUUGAUUCAAUUGAUAUGA